AUGACAAUAACCCGGUCAAAACGGACUACUUCAGACGUGGUGACGGAAACCAAGGUGGUGGAAUCACCAGUCAAACGAAAGAAAAUACUGGUGACCACCACCACUAAGGUUACUACACUGAAAACGGCAAAGGCGCCCAAAAUCCAUAUUGAGGACGCUCUCCGCCAACGGAACCCAGAUAUUUAUACAGGGAUAUUACCCGAGGAGUUUGUCAAUAGCCACAAUGCUGAAUUCAUUGAAGGAUGUCACCAUGUGCUUAAGCAAGACCCUACCUUAUAUGCGGUGACGGUACACGCACCGUUCCCCAAUUAUAAGCCUGAUGAGCCAAAGGCGACCGUCAAUGAUUACUGGUAUUCAUUAAUACGACUGGUGAUGGGCCAGCAAGUAUCAGGGGCAGCGGCCAAGCUGGUGGCAGCCAAGUUUAGGGCGUUAUUCCCUAAAGUAGAGGGUCCUACACCACAGGGGACUUUGAAAUUUACUUUUGAUGAACUUAAAGCUUCGGGGUUGAGCAAUCAAAAGACGAAGUACGUUAUCAGUAUUUCUGAAGCGUUCAGUGAUAGCAAUCAUCCGUUAAGUAAGAUUGAAUUUUACCAAAACGCGUCUGCUGAUGAGCUUACUGCUGAGCUUAUCAAAUUAAAGGGUAUCGCUGAAUGGCUGGCGAAGAUGUUUGAAGCGUUUACUCUUCGUCGAUUACGUGUAUUCGCUUAUGAAGAUUUAGGUGUUGCUCGGGGCAUGGCUCGCUACUUAGAGAAACGGCCGGAAAUUUUAAAUGAAGUGAAACAGAUUGUCCACGAGGAUGAAGAGAAACGGGCUCGACUUAAGAAGAAACUGAAGUUUACUAAUGGCAGCAAUAGUAAGCGGGAUUGGGUACCGUUACACGAUGAAUACGUGUGCGAAGUGGCCCGCAAGUUUGCCCCUUACGAAACGGUGUUCAUGAUGAUCCUCUGGCGGCUCCUGCUGACCAACGUCGACGUCCUCUUAUACUAA